AUGCUGCUGUUCUCCGUCUGCCUCUUAGCAGCAGCUGCGAGCCUCCCGACAGCCAGCGCGCAAAAUGCGACACGUGUCGCCGCAGCGGCUGGAUCCUGGAACUGCGACAUUUCGAAGGGACGGUGGGUUUCCGCGCCCCUCCAUCUCCCGCGUUACACGGGACAGUGUCCGUACAUCCGCUAUACCGAGAACUGCCAGAACCAGGGACGGACCGACCUACAAUUCCAGAAAUACAGAUGGGUGCCCGCGGGCUGCGCGUUGCAGCGCAUGACUCCGAGGGCGCUGCUAAAUCGCUUUCGCAACAAGCUGGUACUCGUGUUCGGCGACAGCAUCUCCAAGAAUUUCGCCGGCUCCGUCGCGUGCGUGCUGUACGCCGCGUCGCCCGGCAACGUCCAGAAUUUCCGCAUCGCCAACGGCAACACCAAGGCGUACGGCGUCAGGGUUCCUCAUUUCAGGACUCGGUUUGCAUCGGUGUUCUCCAAUUGGCUGAACCACGCGAGCGGGCUGGGCGGCAACAUGAACCGCGUUGACCUUGACCAGGUCGACCCGCAGAUCACCGACCUACUCCCACUGGCUGACAUUGUCGUUUUCCAGGCGACCAAGUGGUGGCUCCCUGCCAUCAACAAGUGGUACGUGGGUGGCAAGGAGCAGUCACUCUCCAGGGAAGCGGCCUAUGAGAUGGGCCUCAAGACUCUGCGUGACUAUGUGGCCAAGUCGGGCUUUAAGGGCCGCGUUUACCUGCUGGGUGCUUCCCCCUCCCACUACAAGGUCCCUGGACUGGCCGAGUGGUCGUGUGAGACCAGCAGAAUGCUGACAGCGCAGCAGGCGGAUGAAUUUGCAAAAGGGGACAGCACCAGUUACAAUUUCCGGGAAAUCCAGAUUAGGGUUCUCUCAGGGUCUCCAAUACGCUACGUGGACGUUACACCUAUGAGUGACUAUCGCCCUGAUGGCCAUGUCCAGAAAUGGACGGUGAAAGGAGGGGCUCCAGCGGGUAAGAAGAACGAUUGUGUUCAUUGGUGUGAAGCUGGUGUCACGGACGCUUGGCUUGAAAUGCUCUAUAACACAGCUGCGAACCUCCCUGCCGCCAGCGCGCAAAAUGCGACAAGCGUCACCGCUGGAUCCUGGAACUGCGACAUUGCGAAGGGGCAGUGGGUGUCCGCGGCGCGGCACCUUCCGCGUUACACGGGGCUGACAUGUCCGUACAUCCGAUCCAGUCAGAACUGCCAGAACCAGGGACGGCCUGACCUACAAUUCCAGAAAUACAGAUGGGUGCCCGCAGGUUGCGCAUUGCAGCGCAUGACACCGAAGCGCCUGUUGGUGCGCUUUCGCAACAAGCUGGUACUCGUGUUUGGUGACAGCGUCUCGAAGAACUUCGCCGGGUCCGUCGCGUGCGUGCUGCACGCCGCGUCGCCCGGCACCAUCCAGGAUUUCCGCGUUGCGAACGGCAACACCAAGGCGUACGGUGUCAGGGUCCCUGGUACCAACACUCGUUUCGCGUCAAUCUUCUCUAAUUGGCUGAAUCAGGCGAGCGGGCUGGGCAACAGCAUGAACCGCGUUGACCUCGAUAAGAUCGACCCGCAGAUCACCGACCUCCUGCCACUGGCUGAUAUUGUCGUUUUCCAGGCCACCAACUGGUGGUUCCCCGCCAUCAACAAGUGGUACAUGGGCGGCAAGGAGCAAUCUCUCUCCAAGGAGGCGGCCUACGAGAUUGGCCUCAAGACUCUGCGUGACUACGUGGUCAAGUCGGGCUUUAAGGGCCGCGUUGCCCUGCUGGGCGUGUCCCCCUCCCACUACAAGGUCCCUGGGCUGAAGGAGGGGUCGUGUGAGACCAGUAAAAUGCUCACCGCACAGCAGGCAGAGGAGUUUGCUAAGGGCGAUGUCACUGGCAACAAGUUUCGGGAGAUUCAGAUGAGGGUUUUGUCAGGGUCUCCUAUUCGCUACGUCGAUGUUACGCCUAUGAGCAACUAUCGUCCAGACGGCCAUGUCCAAAAAUGGAUGGAGAAAGGGGGGGCUCCAGCAGGGAGGAAAAAUGACUGUCUUCAUUGGUGUGAAGGUGAUUGGCGAAAUCUGAUAACCGUAUCGCUCACCGGGCUGCUGUUUUUCGCCAUCGCCGAGAGAAGUCCGCCCGUCGCCUUGGCGUACAGCAGCUUCAAAAAGAAGCUCACACCCAUCCCCUUCCCCAACGUGACCGAUCCAGACCCCCCCAAACCGUGGACUUGCGAUAUUUCCUCGGGCAGCUGGGCACCUGCCCCGAACCUUCCUCUCUACACCGGGCUGACGUGUCCCUACAUCCGCUCCGGCCACAACUGCCAGAGCGAUGGGCGCUCCGAUAUGAGCUAUCAGAAGCUGCGCUGGCGGCCGUGGGGGUGCAAGGUGGUGCAAUUAACGCCGCAAAGGCUACUGAACUUGUUCCGCAACAAGACAGUCGUGGUCUUUGGCGACAGCGUCUCUAAGGACCUCUCCACGUCGCUGCGCUGCAUGCUGCACGCCGCCAGCCCAAACUUCUCUCGAGUCAAGCUCGCAGGAGGGACCACACGCGUGUGGGGGGAAAAGGUGGAACCUCAGAACAUCCGCAUAGUCUCUCUGUUCUCCUCGCACCUCAACGACAUCGGGUUCAUCCCCGAUGCAUCCCAGCCUCCUGCUGCUGUUGGUGCUGCUUCUGGCGCUGGUGCUGGUGCUAAUGGUGGUGCCAAUGCUGCAUCUUAUGCUACUGCCGCUUCUGCUACUGAAAGGGAGGAGGCGAAAUCAGAGGCAGCUAGGGCAGUGGCGAAAUCAGAAGCAGCUAGAGCAGUGGCGACCGAGGCAGACAUUGCACGAGCCACCACAAUGGCUGCUGCUGAUGCUGCUGAAUCAGCAUCGUCACCAGUCUCAAGAGCAGCAGCAGCAGCAGCAGCAGCAUCAUCAGGAGAAGCAGGAGAAUACUCAGCAGCAGCAGUAAGAGCAGCGGGAGGAGGGGGUUCCGGGAAGAUUCCAGGAAGAGUCUCAACGCAGGCGCAGCAGCAAGCACGGCGGGUCUUCCUAGACCAAAUCGACCCGAAGAUUAAAGACCUGCUUCCUAAAGCCGACAUAGUUAUUUUCCAAGCAACCAACUGGUGGUAUGCGGAGGACAACCAGUGGUUUCUGGGCGGCAAGCAGCAGAAAAUCUCCCGAAACGCUGCCUAUGCGAUCGGGCUGGCGACGCUGAGGGACCAUGUGGUGCGGUCGGGCUUUAAGGGAAAGGCAGUGGUGAUGGGUGUGUCUCCUUCGCACUACAUCGUACCGGGGAUGAAAAAGGGGAAAUGCGACAUUAACAGGCAUCUUGACUGGAACCAGACGAUUGAAGUGAGGAGGAUGGACGACCGGUCGUUUGGGAUGCGCAAGGUGCAGCUGCAGGUGCUGAAAGGGUCACCGCUGCGAUACGUGGACGUGUUACCAAUGAGCUUCUGGCGACCAGAUGGGCAUUUAUCGAAGUGGACUGUACCAGGGGGUGCCACUGGAAAGCAAGAUUGUCUGCACUGGUGUGAGGCUGGAGUAACAGAUGCGUGGCUAGAAAUGCUGUACAAUACACUGCUUUACUAA